UUGGCAAGAUUUUUAUCGAUGUAGGGGGACACGUGGAAAAUUUAUUUUCAUUUUUGCAAAACAUUGGAUUUUUGAAGCCUAGAUUUUGGAUAAGGCCUAACUAAAUAGAUUAGCCUAAAGUUUAGGCCUAGUUUUAACCUGAAAUUUUCGCAGAUGGACUUAGCCUAAAUAUUAGGCCUAUUUUUAAGCUUGAAAUUUAGUCUAAAAGCUCAAAUUUUCUCCAGAAGUUAUCUAAGUUUAGGCUGAUUUUAGGCCUAUCUGAAAAAGCCUCAAUUUUUCGACCGGGCCUAGACUUAGCCUAUAUCUAAGGCCUAACUAACUAAGUAGCUUAGGUUUAGGCUUAUCCUAAAGUUUAGGCCUAUUAGUAAGCCUAAGCCUAAACCUGAAAUCGCAUAUUUUUUAAAAAGCCUGGACGUAGCCUAAAUAUAAGGCCUAACUAAGUGGCUUAGGUUUAGGCCUAUUAUUAAGCCUAAGCCUAAAAACUUGAAAUUUAGUCUAAAAAGCCUUCAAAGCUUCUCCAGAAAUUACCUAAAUUUAGGCUUUUUAGGCCUAUCCAUAGGCCCAAAAAGGCCCAUUUCCCUCAAAAUCCCUUAAUUUCUUCCAGUUUCGCCGGUCUUCGAAUCGCCGGUCUCUCGGGAAUCUACAAUCCGAAGGAAUUCAAUUUCGGUCACUACGAGCGGCCGCCAUUUUCGGGUUAUGGUGAUGUGGUGAGCGCGUAUCAUGUCAGAAAUUUGGAUCAUUUUCGGCUGCGACAAUUGAGACCCAAAGAUGACGAUAAAUCGGGGGUAAUUUUUUUUUGAUCUACGCAAAAUCUGCUUCAAAAUGAUACCAAAUUUGGCGCCAAAACUUUGGAGUACUGUAGGUCAACGUUUCGCGCUCAAAAUUGGACAUAUUUCGGGCUAGAUACAGUAACCCUAAAUUUUGAUCUACAGUAGCUCAAAUUUUGGCGCACAAUUCUGAUAUACCGUAUCUCUAGCUUAAAAAUGAUACCGAAUUUGGCGCCAAAACUUUGAUCUACCCACAGUAAUCUAAGGUUUUCGCGCCAAAAUUCCACCUACAGUACCCCACUCCCGCAUUUGUUUUCAGAAUCCAAUCGAUAUAAUGAUAACUCACGAUUGGCCAGGCGGAAUUGCGGAUUACGGAGAUGUCGAGCACCUGUUCCGCAUCAAGAAAUUUUUAAAGUCGGUGAUUUUGGCGCCAAAAAAAUGGCCCGCGAAAUUCAAAAAUUCAAAAAAAUCGAAUUUUUUUUUGCAGAGACGACAUUCAAAGUGGAAAAUUGGGAAAUCCGGCGGCUGGAAAAUUAUUGCAUGUGAGUUGAGUACUGUAGCUCCCUUUAAAUUUGGGAUUGGAAAAUAGACCGAUGUCCCUUUGAAAAUUACUGUACCUCCCUUUAAAUAUGGGCUUGAAAAAUAGACCUUUGUCCCUUUGAAAAUUACUGUACCUCCCUUUAAAUAUGGGCUUGAAAAAUAGGCCUAUGUACCUUUAAAAAUUACUGUACCUCCCUUUAAAUAUGGGUUUGAAAAAUAGGCCGAUGUACCUUUAAAAAUUACUGUACCUCCCUUUAAAUAUGGGCUUGAAAAAUAUACCAAUGUCCCUUUAAAAAUUACUGUAGCUCCCUUUUAAAUAUAAAUAGACCUAUGUCCCUUUAAAAAUUACUGUAGCUCCCUUUAAAUAUAGGCUUGAAAAAUAGACCUAUGUUCCUUUGAAAAUUACUGUAUCUCCCUUUAAAUUUGGGACUCUUCAAAAAGAGUACUGUACCUCCCUUUAAAUCCCCCGAGUAUUUCCAGGAACUCCGUCCAAAAUACUGGCUCGCCGCGCAUCUCCACGUGGCAUACGCGGCACUCGUUCCGCACAAGGCUAGCGGCGACGCGCCGCGUCCGCAACCCACAAAAUUCCUCUCACUCGACAAACCCAUUCCGCAACGGCAAUUCUUGCAAGUUUUGGAUGUGGCGGUCGCGGAAGACGCGGAAAAGCGGCUGAGUUAUGAUGAGCAAUGGUUGGCGAUAUUGCGGACGACGGAUGCGUUUACGAGUGCAGAGCGGAAGGUUUGCGGAAGACGCAUUGCCACGUCAUAACUAAUUUCUCUUGAUUUUGCAGUCUGUCUACCUGCCCAACCCUGGCGAUAAAGAGGAGGAAAAUGGUACGCGGAAAGACUUCCGGCCGACUGCGGAAGACUUAGCGGAACUCCGCGCUCAAAUCGGCGCCGAAGCGGAAAAUUUGCACAUCAAAACCGACACAUUUCGACAGACGGCACCACCGCUGAAAUUGGUCACAGAACAGGCGAAAAUGGUGCCGAGCAGUGCGUAUUAUCGGUGAGAUUUUUGUAGCUACGCUUUUCACGUCAGCAAAAGGCUGUUCCCUAUGAUUUUUUUAAAUCUCCAUAUCUUUCUGAUAAUUUUGACACCAAACACGAAUAUAUUUCGAGAUGCACCAGAAAUGCGCCAGCAAACCCUAUAGAGAUUGCUGACGCGUUUGUGGUGCAUCUUCAAAUAUACCCGUGUUUGGUGUCAAACCAACCAGAAUAAUACGGAGAACUGUGAGAUGCUAUCCAAAACUUCCCAAACCCUUCACUGACGCAAAUUCGGUGCUGACGCGAUUUUUGUAGCUACGAUUUUCACGUCAGCAAAAGGUUAUGAUUUUCAUUAUCUCCAUGUCUUUCUGAUAAUUUUGGCACCAAACACGGGUAUAUUUGAGCUGCACCGCAAAUGCGCCAGCAACCCUCUAUAGCUAUUGCUGACGCAUUUCCGGUGCACCUCCAAAUAUACCCGUGUUUGGUGUCAAAAUGAUCAGAAUCCCAUGGAGAAUUUACAUUUUUCGCCCAAAUUGUUUGUUGACGCAUUUCCGGUGCUGACGCAAAUUUGGUAGCCCAGCUUGUUUGGUGUCAAAAAACGUGGAUUUUUUUUCUUCCAGAAACCCACAAACCGCCGAAUUUUGCCAGUGGCUUGGAAUCGGUGACCUCAACAAAAUGCUCAUCGAGCUUGAUCCGGGAAAUGUGGGCACGGCAUUUUAUUUGAGUGAAGGGGACGCGGAAACUUCGCAAGUCGCCGCAGAUUUUGGAGAUGAUGAUUUUGUGGUUGAUGAUUUUUCGGCGAACGUCGCGGAAGACGCGGAAGCGGAAGCGGAAGAACCGGAAGCGAAAAAGUCGCGCAAAGAUUCGCCGGUUUGA